GACUCCGUUUUCAUUUUUGGCGGGAAUCAAAACCCUCAUUUCUCAUCAAUGACAGAAGCAGAAAUGGAGGCGGCGGGAGGAACGGAAGAAGAAGUGGAAGAGGAAUUCUCUGUUUGGAAGAAGAACACGCCGUUACUCUACGACCUUGUCAUCUGUCAUGCACUUGAAUGGCCUUCUCUCACCGUUCAAUGGCUUCCGUCACCUGCCGUCGACAACGGUUCCUUUUUAACACACAAGCUCAUUCUAGGAACCCACACUUCCGGUGAUUUCCCCAAUUUUCUCAUAGUCGCUGACGUCCAUCUUCCCCGUAACCCUGCUUCAGGAAUCGAACACGAUCUCAGUAACCCUCAAAUCCCUACGGUAGAGAUAGUACAAAAGAUACAUGUUGAUGGAGAAGUGAAUAGGGGGAGAUGUAUGCCACAAAAGCCAGCUGUAGUUGCGGCAAAGACCUGUAGUGCUGAAGUUUAUGUCUUUGACAGUGGUAAACAGCCACUCGAUCAUGAAGGGGGAUCUUGCGACCCUGAUGUUCGACUUAGAGGGCAUGAUAAAGAAGGUUAUGGCUUAUCGUGGAGCCCAUUUAAAGAGGGUUAUCUUUUGAGUGGUUCCGAUGAUCGAAAGAUUUGUUUGUGGGAUGUUUCUGCAAUGCCUCAAAAUAAAGUGCUUUUGGCCCAUCAUACAUAUGAGGAACAUGCAGAUGUAGUUGAUGACGUAUCGUGGCAUCCAAAGAACGAGAACCUAUUUGGUUCUGUUGGAGAUGAUUGUCGUCUGAUCAUUUGGGACUUAAGGACAAACAAAUCUCAACACUCUGUUGUAGUGCACGAGAAAGCGGUGAAUUGUUUAUCCUUCAACUCGUAUAAUGAGUGGAUUCUUGCUACAGCAUCAUCAGAUAGUACUGUCGGGCUGUUCGACAUGCGAAACCUGAGCACUCCAUUGCACGUGUUUGGUAGUCACACGGAUGAGGUAUUUCAGGUAGAAUGGGAUCCUAAUCAUGAGACCGUACUGGCAUCUUCAGCUGGUGAUAGAAGGUUGAUGGUCUGGGAUCUUAACAGGAUUGGUGACGAGCAAUUGGAAGGGGAAGCUGAAGAUGGGCCCUCUGAACUUCUCUUCUCUCAUGGUGGUCACAAAGCAAAGAUUUCUGACUUUUCAUGGAACAAGAACGAGCCAUGGGUCAUUUCAAGUGUUGCAGAAGACAAUACUGUUGAAGUGUGGCAGAUGGCUGAGAGCAUCUACCGUGAUGACGAUGACAAUGGCGACUGCUGAAUUCCCCUGACUCUGGAUGUUUAACUUUUGUGGCAUUUUCUCCUCCAUUAGUGUGUGGCCAUAGUAGUGUCCUGCAAGUUUAUGAACUAGAAGAGCGCCGCUGAUACUUUCUUGUGUUUGGCAUUGCCUAUUAAGUUAAUUAGGUGCAGAUUUAUGAACAGUAAAUGGCUUUGCAUGUUAAUUAGGGGAAGAAAAGGCCCGGCUCCGAUUCCAGACACUGGUCUUGAUUCAGAGUUUACGGUGCAUCUUUGUGUUUCUUUUU